UUGACAGCGCAAGUUUGUUGCUUAUUUUGAGACUUUGUAACCUUUUUUCUUCCAUUUUUGUCCAUUUCCUGAUCUUCCGUCACAAACGGGGACCAUGGCUGCCAAUUUUCAGAAAUAUCUGAAGCAAAAGUUGAAAGAACUGCAACUCGAUGAGAGCGUUUACACGGAAUACAUCAUGUCAAUCGUCGACGACGAGACAAGUGACGAGGAAAAGCGUGAGACUUUAGAGGAAGUUCUCUCCGGAGUGCUGGAAUCAAAUGUCGAAGCUGUCACGCAAGAAAUUCUCACAAAAUACGCGGAAUGUCAUCCGAAAGACAACAAGCCGGAGGAGAAACCGCCAGAAAUCGAUGUCGAAGAUCGUCUCGUAAAACUUUUAGAAACACAAAAACUCGCGACAAACGAAGUUCGCGUGUAUACCGAAGAGGAAAAGCGAAUUCGGGAGCAAAUCAUCGCACAAUAUAGUCAACUCUCCGCUGACGAAGAAGAAGACGAGGACGAAGCAGCAGUUGGCGUGUCGUCGGGAGAUGGCUUGGAAAAGAACACAAAUUUCCAAGAUGUUCAAGCCCGCUUAAGGGAACAACGUGAAAACGCCAAACUCGCUAGCGAAGCGAAGAAACAAAAGGACAAAGAAGACCGUGAAAAGCAAAAACAACUGAGAGAAGAGAAAAAAGAGAAACGAAAGACGGUGAAAGGCGAACGAAAAAGAUAA